CGGCGUGAACUCUCCGGCGUUUAAUUGCGACGACUAGCACAGGAGUAAAAUCAGUUGUGCGGGAAUGCUCGCGGGGUGGCGACCGUUUCCCUCAGGAAGAAAAAGCGACGUCAUUGCCGUACUUUAAAAAUAAGUUUAGCAAAUGGAAGUCGGACUAAAAUGCCACAUCAUCGGUCGAUUAUGAUGUAAGGCAGCAAGUGAAAAGAAAACAUGGGGGCACAUCAAUCCGGACGAGGAGAAAAAGCUUUCUUUCCCGGAGAAGAAGUUAAUUUCGAUCAUUUCAACAUUCUACGGGCAAUUGGGAAAGGCAGUUUUGGAAAAGUUUGCAUUGUACAAAAAAAGGACACGAAACAAAUGUUCGCGAUGAAGUAUGUGAAUAAAAACCAAUGUAUGGAACGGGAUGCGCUCAAAAACGUUCUACGAGAAGUUGAAAUACUCACAUCAUUGGAUCAUCCCUUCCUCGUAAAUCUGUGGUUUUCUUUCCAAGACGAAGAGGACUUUUUUAUGGUGGCUGAUUUACUAUUGGGUGGAGAUCUCCGUUACCAUAUACAACAAGAGGUUGAUUUUUCCGAAGACGCGGUAAAAUUGAUGGUAUGUGAACUUGGACUUGCGCUGGACUAUUUGCAAUCGAAAAAGAUUAUUCAUCGAGACGUGAAGCCAGACAAUAUUCUCCUAGAUGAAGAAGGACAUAUUCAUUUGACAGAUUUUAACAUAGCAGCCGUUUUAGAAGAAGGCCAACUUGCUACUUCUAUGUCUGGUACCAAACCGUACAUUGCACCUGAAAUAUUUGACUGUGUUUUGGAACUGUGUGUGGGGUAUUCCUACCCUGUCGAUUGGUGGUCAUUGGGCGUGGUCGCUUAUGAAGCAUUGCGUGGUUGUCGCCCGUUUGACAUUCAUUCUAAUACCAGCAUACAAGAUGUCAGAAAUCUCUUUAUCUUGGGGCCCGAAUUUUCUAAAAAUUGGAGCGACGAUAUGGUCGAUUUACUUUCAAAGUUACUCUGUAUGAGACCAGGAGAAAGGAUAUCUUCGAUUGGAGAAUUAAAAGGUACUAAAGCAUUAAGCAAAUUUAACAUGGAUGAUGUUUUCCGAAGAAAAUACAAACCAGGGUUUUCGCCGCCGAAAGGACACCUAAACUGUGAUCCUACUUUCGAAUUAGAAGAAAUGAUUAUCGAGGCAAAACCAUUACACAAAAAGAAAAAGAGAUUAGCUAAACAGCGAUCCAUUAGGGAGAUGCACGGUCAAUUAAGCUUAGAUUUGGAUACGGAUUCGCUUGCUGAGGGAAAUACUUGUUACAUAUCUGAAUUUAAGGUCUACAAUAGGUAUCACGAAUUAGAAAAAAGAGAAAAGGAGCAGAAGGAGCUCCGUUGGGAAAAGGAACUCGAAGAGGCGAUGAAUGCCUCGGAUCCUUUAAACAAAGUCAUAACUGGAACAAAGUCGGCCGAGGAAUUUCCAGGGAAGAACAAACUCAAAACGAAGGAACAAUUUCGCAAACCCGGAAAGUCAAGAACUUUAACAUUUAAAGAUUCAGAAGGCUGGAAAAAACAUGGCGAACAAAAGGGUUUGAAAAACUUUUCUUGCGAAACAACCCCAUCUGAUAUAUGUCCCCCUUCAUCAGUUACAACUGAAAACAAGACAAAUCACACCCUCGAUCCAAAAAUCGAAUCAAUCGAUUAUAUUGAUAGGUCACCCUCACCUUUAAUAGAAUAGAACACACUCGACUCGUCAAUUGUUUAGCCUUUUAAUGUUUUAUACAUAUGUACCUACCCAAUUUUAAAUGUAGGUGGACCACAUUCUUAUGUAAAAAAUAUUUUCUUAAACUAAA